UUUAAAGCUCUCAAUGAGAACCACAUGCAGGAUGAGGGAGGCAGGGCACUGACUAAGCCAGCCUGACUAAGAGAAGCUGUGCUGAAAGAAUCCCUCUCACAUUUUCACAAGGCAGCAAAGGGGACAGGACCUGAGAGGAAACCCUGCAACCCUGAAAAAAGGCAAACAAAAAAAACACAUUGUAUCCUUCCUGGAAACUCACACCACCCCAGCAGGAUUGUUAAAGAAGAAAGACUCAUUUUUAGUCACCAGAAACAAGAGUUUACUCAAGGGGUUGACUGCAAAAGCUUUUUUACUAGCAACAUGUCGAGUGCUAUUGUGAGAAGGAACUCCAGCAAGAUAGGUUUGCAAAACCUCUUAAGGCUGACAGCUCAGAGGAGUAUAGAAGAUGAGGAGGAGAUAGCAAGAGAACGCCGUCGCAGGGCUCGAGAGGGGUUAGGAAGCCAGAGCAGCUUCUCCAGCACCAGCCUCACUUCCCCUGAUAAUGUCUCACCGGAAGAGGAUGGGCUGCUUGAUUGUGAGUUCAAGCCUUCUUACCCAGUAGCCAUGGAGGAAGACGAGGGCUUCAGUGACUGGACCCAGAAGCUUGAGCGUCGCAGGCAAAAACGCUUAGAAGAGCAAAUCCAAGGGGAGGAAGACAGUCUGAGCGAAGCAAAGCUGGUGCCAGCACAGAGCCAGAGGAAGCUGGACGAGCAGAAGGACCAAGAAGAAGAGUGGGGGAAGAAAGAGAAAAACAGGAAGGAUCUGAGCCAGAGGAAACUAGAUGAGCAGACGGAACAGGAAGAAGAGUGGGAGAGAAAGGAAAAAGACAGGAGGGAUCUGAUCCAGAAGAAACUGGAUGGGCAGAAGGAGCAUAAGGAAGAAUGGGAGAGGAAUGAGAGAGACAGGAAGGAUCUGAGACAGAGUAAACUGGAUGAGAAGAAGGAGCAGGAGGAAGAACGGGAGAGGAAGGAAAGAGACAGGAGGGAUCUGCAACAAGUGGAGACCGAGCAAAGACAACAAGAGAAGGAGAAGUGUAAGCUGAGGAAAGAGGAUGAUAGGUGGAAUGCAGAGAUCAAGAAGAAAGAAGAGGAACACAGAAGGGAAAUGGAAGAAAAGGUUAAAGAGAAGGAUGGCGAGGUUAAGGUUUCGUACACAUCUCAAGCCUUCCUGCAGCAGGAAGUCAUACAUAUCCACAGCAACGGCAAUGCAGCUGAAAAGGAAGUGACAUUGCAUCUUACUUCAUCUAAAAGGAUACUAAGGACCACUAGCCAGUCCCAAGUAGAUGACGAUGAGCAGGAUGCGUUCACCGAGACAGAGCAGAAGCUGGAGAAGAUCCGACGCAGCCACGAGGAGAAGGAGAGCCAGGAGUACGAGUGGCUGCGGCAGAAGCAGGCGGAGGCCGAGGUGGAGCUGGAGGAGCUGAAUAAGAGGAGGGAGGAGCGACGGCGCCUGAGGGAGGAAGAGGAGCGCCAGCAGGAGCAAGAGGAACUCGAGAGGCAGGCCAAGGAAGAGGAGGAGAAAAGACGAAUGAAAGAGGAGAUUGAGAGACGAAGGAUGCAGGCGACAGAGAAGAGGCAGAAGACUCUGAGCACCUCAAGCUGUGAGGGAGACGACCCCUUCAGUCCUCUGAGCCCCAAGAGCCCAACCUUCAAGAAUGAGAAUGCAGAGAGAGUAACGGCAGGAAAUACCCACUCGAUUAUCGAGAGAACAGAUUCUUUAAAUCGCUCCCUGAAAAAAAGUAACAGCAUUAAAAAGAUACAACCCCAGGUGCCCAUCUCCAGAAUUGACAACAGACUGGAGCAGUACACUCAUGCCAUAGAGAGUUCUACCAAGGAAGCUAGAGCAAGCAAACAAUCCCUGAUGGACAUUCCACAGACUGCUGAACUGGUGGCCUCUAAGAAGAGCCUGUGGGAGGGAGGUGAAGCCUUGAGUCAUUCCUCCUCCAAAGGAACACCAUGCAAGGAUACUGAAGGCCUGAAGGUUGGAGUGUCUGACCUCAUUACUCAGUGGGUGAAAGGAACCCCAGACGGAAGCAGCAAGAACACUCCCUCCAAACCAUCUGAUGUAAUGGCAGGCGAUGUAUUAAACAAAAAGAACAUAUGGGAAAACAAAAUAGAUUCAUCUCCGUUGGCUAAUAAAGGAUCAGCUCUGAAGAGCACACCAUCUGGUAAAAGGUACAAAUUUAUUGUGAGUGGACAUGGCAAAUAUGAAAAAGUUCCAGUCAGUGAUCACAAUCAUGCUGAAUAUACAAAUGAUGGAGCAUACCAUGAAGAAUCCUGAAAAUGUACUGUAACUGAUUUAUUUUUCUUUUUUAAUUUAUGAAUUGUCGCAAGGUUGUAGCUGAUAUUAUCCACACUAUUGCUACCUUGUCUCAUCCCAGAUUAAGUGAUACAUAAUCUUACUUGUCUUUAACAACUUUGUUGUAGAAUUUCUAAAAUAAUCAAGAUAAUUAUUUUCAUCAGUUACUGAAAAAAAUAAUUAUUAUGUUUGCUGAAUAACAACGCUAGUGGGUUUUUGUUUGUUUGUUUGUUUGUUUGUUUUUUUCCAUCAUUAUACAUUGGCAUGACAUACAGUGGGUUUUUGUAACUUUUAAAAUACAAAAAUAAAUAGCUUUUUUAUUAAAAAAAAAAAAAAAAAAUAUUUACCUAACAUUUCUUAUUUUUACUUUUUGUAUUGAACCUAUUCUUGUAAUUGCACUGUCUUAAUAUAAAUGCAAUGUCUAUUUCUAAAUGUUAUACUGUACGACAAAAAGCUUGAAAUGCUUUCUUGGCCAAGACCAUAAUAUCCAAAGGAUGUGCACUAGCACCAUCAACACACAUAUAGCCUACAGUAAUACAGUGUAUUAAGUUUCAUAUUUUGGCAACAUAUUCUACUGCAGUUAAUUCUGAUUUUGUAUCAGAUUUACAAUAGUACACAAAGUACUGAAUGUAAAAACAAGCACACCUGCAAACAAAUAUAAUUGUGUUUGAUUGUUGCUUUAAUGCUUUAGUUAGAGAACAGUAGAUUACAAUAUUACAGUUAGGCAUUAUUAGGACCUGGUGUUUAAUGGAUCUUCUCAAGCAUUUUGUAGAGAUGAGGUAAGAACUGCUUUUCCUAUUAGCAAAAUAAGUUGCCACUGUAUUCUGUGUUCUUGCUUUGAAUCUCUAUUAUAUCCGCUGUAUGAUUUUAUUUCUUAAAAAAAAAAAAAAAAAAAUGUAAAGUUUCAUAUUAACAUCUGCUUUUUUUCUUACAAAUUGUAUGAACCUUUGUUGUGUUUCUCAAACAGAGUAAAAUAUACAAUUAUGGGCCAUAUCUUUUCAUGAACUUUAUUCAACAGUAAUGUACAAAACUGAAAAGUAAGAGAAUUUAGAGUGCUUGAGAUGCCUUCCAUUACAUUACUAACGUGUUUGAUAAUUGCUUUGUUAAGUCAAUAGGUGUUUUUUCCCCUUUCAAAAAAAUGUAUUCAAGACUGGCGUAAACGCUUUAUAAGCUUUAAGUUAUAUAUCGAUAAAUGGCCUGUGUUACAUUUUAUCAAAAAUGAUUCACAGUACAAUAAUAGAAGUUAAACACUAUCCCAUUACUACAUUUCUUGCUAAAAGUGUAGUACCAGCAAGCAGACUACAACAGAUAGCUUUUACUAGAGGUCCAAACAUGGAUGACUGUUUUUUUUUUUUCUUUCUAGCAGUGUUUAAUGCUGCUUGAAUAUGUGUUAAAGAUAGUGUUACACUUAUGUUCAGAUGACCUUAUUACUAGUAGUGAUCCUAUUACCAGCUGCCCCAAUGCAGUUUGACACAUACUAUAGUCAACUGCAACAGAUCACAUUUAUGUUAAACAUAAUCUAAGUCAUUGGUUCACAGUCUUUCAGAACAAGCUAUACAAAAUAUUGUCUGUAGAUGUCUGACCAUUUGCCUCAUUGUAUUUUCUAUCCAUCUGAAAACCUGUAUCCAUUUCCCUCUGUAUGUCAAUUUUACCCCCAGUCAGAUUGUUUAUAUAACUGAGCAUAAAUUGUUUUUAUAACUGAGCAUUUAUUCCUUUGAGUGUGUAACUAGUUUUACGUAGUUUGGUUGCAUUGCUUGUUGUUUUAUUCAAACAGAGCAAGCACCUGAAAAGUUCACUGAAGUGAAAAAUGUCAGCAGCAGUUAUAUGUAACACUUGCUGAAAUAAAUGUCUCCUGGGCAGCUAGAAAGUUCUUGGGCCUAAUUUUAGGAGGAGGAAAGAAGAAGGGCUAUCUUGUGACACCAUCACCUGUUGCAGGCCUCUGCCUAGAACUGCCCCAUACUCAGGCCAUCACUUUUUCUCUGGGCUGUAAAUCACAGGGAUUCCACCAGCCAAUAAAAUCGAGGUUCUUUGCAGAAACAUGAACUUGGAACUGAAUUUCACACGGAAAAUAGGUGAUUCAGUUUAUAAUUCCAGGUCAGAAUUCUGGUAUAACUUGAUAAGAGCACAGCAACGAGCACGGUAAAGAAUGGAGAAGCGUGGUAAAGCAUAGUAAAAA